AUGAUGAGUGCGGCAUCAUUUGCGAAUCCGAUCGGCGGCCGUCCGCCGCAGUACCGUACUCCGUCCCCUCCAUUACGCGCUGUCGAACCUAUCACUCCAUCCGCAAACACCGAUUUUUCCUCCUCUUGGACGAACCGCGGUCCUCCCCGAGCUGCCAGUCUUGAUCGCGAUCAGCGUCCAUCGAAUCACAAUCGACAUGUCGCUGCAGAGAGUGCCUCACACCAGCGAUCGGGCCAUGGCCGCUCAAACUCCACCAUCGAUACACUUGCGACGAUCGCACUCGCAACGAGUCCUACCUUCGCACCGCUUCCUCAAAAUCCGCCUUCCCCUACGCCUCGGUCAACAAUUCCUCUGUUCCCACUCGACUCCGCGGACGCUGAACGUCCGGCCAAGCGAGCACGGUCGGCGAGAAAUCCGUCGCCCUACCGCCCGCGGCCAGGGAUGCUGACUGAAAAUCCACAGUCAACUGGGCUAGAAAGCAUGACAACGGAUGCAGAGCUUCUACUCAAUCUCGCACGGCCUACUAAUUUCCACCCAGGUAACCACACUAAAAGAGUGAGCAUCGACGAAUCGUCUCACCACUACGCCGGUGAUUCUAUUCGUCAAGCUCGAGUUGGCUUUGCUGCCGCAGGAAAUUUGGGCGACAGCGAUGUCAAGUCGAAUCACAAUUCCGAUGAUGUUCCUUAUGCGCGCAUGCGCUCUCGCUCUGAUGGAUCAGCCUUCAUCUCCCGUCCUGUGAUGCGUGGAAUCCGGCCAACGACCAGCUCCGGUACUCUCCCACCAAUAGUUUGGGAAGAUGAAAAUCAAGAUAAUACCUGGCAUCCGCCCGGGGACACGCCUCGUCAUUGUGCGUAUGUUGCUCAUCCUCCGGUCAACUCUCAGGAAUCUCAAUGCCCGAAAAAGUCUGUGACUAUUCCGCCAAAGAUGGAAGAUGAAGAGAGCGAUACCAGUCAAGCAAGCUGUGGGGCAUGCCAUUUGGUGCGUAUCCCGGUUGAGACCGAGGAACAAGACGAAGACACCUGGAUCAGCUGUGAUGGAUGUAAACGAUGGUUCCAUAUUGUUUGCGCCGGUUUCAAAAAUGAUCGGGAGGUUCGCACCAUCGACAAGUUCAUCUGCCGGCCAUGUCGAUCAACAUACGGCCAAACAACUUUCGUGCGCAAGUCCUCGCGGGCCCGUACAGCCAUUGACUACGCAGGCCUGAACCAAGGUCUCGUCAAAGCAGCCACCGACUCACUGGAACAUCACUAUCUUGAGCCCAUUCGUCAAGGGAAAAUUCGAUUCCAACCCGAGAGCUUUCCCCGGAUGAAGCCUGAGCUGGUCACGGCGGAAUACUUCGAACGGGGAAAUGGGUGGACGGAACCUAUCGUGAUACCUGCCUGCUGGAACACAUGCCAGCCCAUUUCUUCGGAAAGUACAGACUUCGAAGCUUUAGUCCAGGAAGCUUCAUCGCAAGAAAUGUUUGAUGAUCUGCUCGAUAGUCUUACAGACCAAGAGCCCCAUGUCGAAGAAACAGUUGAUUGUGGGCAAGACCUCUUGGGUAUGGUCAUUCCCCAGGGUCUUACUGUCCGCACUGUGGCCGAGCUUUACGGACCUGAAGAAAGGGUUGAAGUCAUCGAUGUCAAGUCUCAGCAAGGAGAGGACAAGCGAUGGAACAUGCAGAAAUGGGCAGAUUACUAUGAGAGCAACGAGCUGGACAAGCCUGUCAGGAAUGUCAUCAGCUUGGAGGUAUCGCAGAGCAAACUGGGCAGACUCAUCCGACGACCGAAGGUUGUGCGUGACUUGGAUCUGCAAGAUUCUGUGUGGCCAGAGGAGCUGAAGGCAAUUGGCGACUAUCCCAAGGUUCAGUUCUACUGCCUGAUGUCCGUUGCUGACUGCUAUACCGACUUUCAUAUCGACUUUGGAGGAUCUUCGGUGUACUAUCAUAUCUUAAAGGGCAAGAAGACUUUCUUCUUCAUCCCACCUAAAGACAAACACCUCAAGAAGUACGAGGAGUGGUGCAACUCUCCCGCGCAAGACUCGAUAUUCCUUGGAAACCAGACCAAGGAGUGUUACCGUGUGGAUCUUUCCGAAGGAGACACCAUGUUGAUCCCCUCCGGCUGGAUUCACGCAGUGUGGACUCCAGAAAACAGUUUGGUCAUUGGUGGCAACUUUUUGACCAAACUGAACUAUGGCAUGCAAAUCAAGGUCCUCAACAUUGAAAAGGAGACCAAGGUUCCAAAGAAGUUCCGAUAUCCUUUCUUUCAAAAGAUUCAGUGGUAUACAGCACUGAAAUAUCUGGAAGAUGACCCCAUCCCGCAAAAUGUCAUGGAAGCAUUUAUGCAGGACGAGAACUACCGGUUCCACCGCCAAUAUCCUAUUUAUUAUGAAUUUGGAGAACGUGCCAACCAGGAGCCUCGAGGAUCUCCUCAUCACAAUGCACGUUUCUAUUCGCAAGCGGAGUUGGAGGGUCUACUUGAACUAACUAAGUAUCUGCUGCGGACUGCGCUCAUUGCGGGGGGCUAUACUGUUGACGGGGCCAUCUCCAUGGACGUUCGAAACGCAGUCAGACGUUCCAUCCCCAAAGGAACCGGUGAUCCUGUGGAUAUUAUCAGGAAAUUCGGAGUAUGGGUCGCAUGGAAGCGAGGCAACGAAAAGGCCCCCCUAUGGACUAGACCUGGCAUCAUCGAAAGCAAUCCUAAGGUCUCCAUCACAGAAAAGAAACCCGCAGGGCGACCAAGUCGGCGAUCUGAACGCAAUGUCGAUAAUCAACGCACAUAUGCCGAAAGACAAGCAGUCCAGUGGCCUUCUGAAGAGCCACCAGCAACCCCGAAUCCUCCAGCCAACAGUCUGGCUUACGCACAAUCGGAUGGAAGUGCAACGCCGGCACCAUUCAGCGUUGCUCCAGAUACCAGCAUCAAAGAGAUUGCUACUCCCAAGCCUCGAGCUGUGCAGCGAGCCUCAGGCCUUGGGCCCAAGCGAGUUGCAUGUGACGCUUGUCGCAAACGACGUAUUCGUUGCCGACACAAAGAUGAGCCCAGUGAUUUGGUGCUGAAUGGGCAAGUCGCAGUCAAUACCUUGACACCUGGUUCUGGUGUGAGCACCCCUUCAUCCUUAGCCCAGGAUGCUGUUUCCGCAUUGAACUCUCUAGCGGCAAUUGCAUCUCAAACUGGGUUCCAGAACAAUGGGCAUCUUGUUGACCUGGAGCGAUUCGAGAGCUCGGGAAGAUUUCAAUCCGCCGUCAUGGGCAACUCCACGGGGGCUGCCAAUCGACUCAUUGAUGCGAGCCCCGACGGAACCAAUGGAGGGAAAAAGGGGCGCAGCAAGGCGUGUGAUGAUUGUCGGAAGAGUAAGCGCCGUUGCAUCCACGAUGAAUACGGUCGGAUAGAUCCAAUCAAGGCUCAAGAGCGCUCCAAACCUCGUGCGAAUGCUUCCGCCAAACGAGCACGUGCUGCUGAUGAAGAUGAUAUGCUUGUCACUGCCAAGAAAACGAAACAGGAAAGCACGUCACCUAUGGUACAACCCGCCUUGUUUUUCGAUCAUGAUGGUGAUGAGCUGAUGGCACAAGCCGAUUUGAUGGAUGUUUAUGACCGUGAACCAGCCAAUCAAAUCGAUCCAACAAGCGAGCAUAUUCCUGGGCCAGAUGAAGAACCUCAAGAUCAAGCUCUGUACGCGUCGCCGCCUGCUUUGCAGGCUGAUUCUAUAGAUGCAAAGGAUGUUAAAUCUGUGCCUGAAACGAUGCCUGUCUCAUCGUCCAAGCCUAACGCCUCCUUGGUUUCCCCACCCACGUCGCUGGCCGACGAGAUGGAUGGGGUCCACGAGGGAGAUGCUGUACAGUCUGUGGAGGGGGAGGUGUCGACUGCUCUUCACACUCCCAACUCCAGCUCUCGUCACUCAUCUCGUCAACCCCGACACGUCGAUCGAUUCGCGCCCGAUGCAUCUGCAACCCGGGCUCCAAAGCCAGCGGCUAGAGCAACGUUUUCCAACAUUGGCGCACGCAAGACCACUCCGGUUCCACCGUCAUCGAGAAAGCCUUCGUCGCGUCCCUCGUCCUCACACGCCAAGAAGAGCUCUCCGAUGUAUGAGAAACACUUCACUCGCCAAGCCCCUACAUCAUUGUCUCCGCGUCAGCACAAACAUAAUCAGCACCUCACUGGAGAUGAAGAUGCUGAUGAAGAGAGCCUUCGUUUAAUACGAGAGCUCCAAGAACAGGAGUUUGGUCUGCGAAAACGUUCUACACGAGUCUAA